AUGGCUGCAGCUUUGAGAUUAAACACUUUCCUCUCUACUUUAUUAGUAGUACUUUUACUUUCAUUGACAGAAGCAACUUACAGUGGAAUCACAGUUGAUCUCAUACUGCGUGAUUCGACAGAGUCUCCAUCGUACAAUGCCUCUCACACCCAUUACGAUCGCUUGUAUAAGGCUUUUGCUCGUUCCAUUUCACGGGCUAAUCAUUUCAGGCCAAGCUUAAAAUCUAAGAGUUCAAUCCAAUCAAACGUAAUAGCUAAUGGCGGAGAAUACCUCAUGAAGAUUUCCCUUGGAACCCCAGCAGUUGAGGUGCUUGGCAUUGCAGAUACAGGCAGUGAUCUAACAUGGACACAAUGUGAGCCAUGUGAAAAAUGUUACAAGCAAAACCUUCCUCUCUUUGAUCCCCAGCAAUCUUCAACAUAUGGUAACGUGCCUUGCAAUUCAAGUCCUUGCAAGGCAUUAGACACUGCCUCUUGUGGCACUGAUAAAAACACCUGCCAGUAUGGUUAUUCAUAUGGAGACCAAUCAUUCACUAAUGGUGAUCUUGGUGUUGAAACGUUAACCAUUGGCUCAACUACUAGCCGUCCGGUCACAUUACCGAAUAUUGUAUUUGGGUGCGGGCACAAUAAUGAUGGUACAUUUAGUGAGGCAGGAUCAGGCAUAAUUGGCCUAGGAGGUGGCCCUCUUUCUCUGGUCUCUCAACUAAACAAUUCUAUUGGUGGAAAAUUUUCUUAUUGUUUAGUUCCCACAGAAAAUUCAAAUGUUACAAGCAAGAUUAAUUUUGGUAGCAAUGGCUUGGUUUCUGGCAAUGGUGUGGUUUCAACACCCUUGGUUGCAAAAGAUCCUUCCACAUUCUAUUACCUUACUCUAGAGGGCAUUAGUGUUGGGAACAAGAGGUUUGCCUAUAAGGCUUCUUCUAAGGCUGUUGCUAGUAAUGAGGGUAACAUUAUUAUUGACUCAGGCACAACUUUAACCCUUCUUCCACCUGAAUUUCAUGAAGAUUUGGUAUCAGCCGUAGAGAAAGCUAUUGAUGCUGAACGUGUUAGUGACCCGAGGGGUGUUCUUAGUCUUUGUUUCAGGUCUAAAGAUGAAAUUGAUAUCCCCAUUAUCACGGCUCAUUUUACUGGUGCUGAUGUGAAGUUGAAGCCAAUCAAUACAUUUGCUAGAAUGGAUGAUGAUUUGGUUUGCUUCACCAUGAUACCAUCUGGUAGUGUGGCCAUAUUUGGGAACUUGGCUCAGAUAAACUUCUUGGUGGGAUAUGACCUCAAGGCCAAGAAAGUGUCCUUCCUGCCUGCUGAUUGCACCAAGCACUAG